UGCUAGCGAGCGGACGAGAGGCAGUGCAACUGUCAGUGUAAGUUGUAAGUUGUAAGUAAGUGUAAGUUGUCAACAUGUUCGGCAUUUGUUGUUCCUGGCACACGGUAGCUAGAAGGAUUUUAAUAUCAGUGGUGUGAUUUACAUUGUGUUUGUGUCUGUUUGCGUGUGUGUGUGCUGUAGGUUUUGAAGGAUGUCAAUGAAAAGAAAACUGGAUAUAAGAGACUUCUUUAGGAGUCAAACUGUAAGUUACUUCAAGGGUGUACAGAGGCUCAACAAUAUUGAAUAAUUCAACAAUAUAUCACUCCAGUCACGCCCCUUAGAGUGCUAUAAUGAGCAUAUACCAUGGACUGGAGUGAUAUAUUGCUUUUAUAAAACGGUUACCAAUACAGGCAAUAUGAAAUAGGAAUACCCAAUCAAUUUAAUGUAGUUUUGUUCAACCAGAAAUACAUAUUAUCCAAUAAAAUAGCCUCACUGUGGAAAAAAUAGUCCCACCUAUCCAGACGUUAGCUCCAAAUUAGCACUGCGUCUCGUCUUUUCCUCCGCUUUUUUUCAGGGGAAAGUCAAUGCUCAGUCCCCUCUACCAUUGUUAACCCUCCCCGUAGGUGAAAGUUAACCUUAAACAUGUGAAUUCAACUACUUUAGUCCGUUUUUUAACAUCGCAAAAACAUCAGCUGUCUUUUUCUACGGACUGCAACUGUCCGUUGUCAUGGAUACAUGACAACAACUUCUAUUCAUACCAGUCAUACGUGCCUGAGGCGGAGUGAUAGCCUGCGCUGUGAUAAGGCUUUAGAAUAGUAACUGUGCUCAAUAUUUAAACCACGGUUAACAGCCAAUCAGAUCGCCGGAUUUCACCUUUCCGUUUUAUUUUUUUUAUUUUUGGGGGGUUUUAUGCAGUACAAAAGCAGCAAUAGAAAGAAGUAGAUGAAGGGAAAAAUUGUGAGUGAUUUAAACACAAGUUGGGGAAAAGAUUAUUACAGUUCAUUUAUGUUUAUUUACAAUGUUGUAUUGCAUGAAUGUAUUUCUGAUGUUGUUGAUGGACUGUAGGCUAUGUUAAUUGACAGUAUGAUGCACAGUUGUACUACAGCCCUAAACUAAAGAGUAAAGAUGAGAACUCUUCGAAGUUGUCUCCUUUGCUUUCAUUUUAGUUACUUUACCCUAUAACCAGGGGCGUCGCCAGACAGAUUUCACUGGGGCACGUGCCCCAGUGUUGAUCUGCAGUGCCCCAGUGAAAAUUUCACCAAUAAAAAAAAACGCUUCAGAGUUUUAAGUCUACAUAACAUAGACAACAGCGCACAUACUACUUAGUAUGGUAAUUGAUUGCUACUGUAUUCACUCCACGUAACAAUGAGCACAUGGCUAAUUAAUAUGGUAAUUUAUUCACGUGUGGAUCGAGACUUCGGUUGAGAGAGAGAGAGAGAGAGAGAGAGGGAGAGAGGGAGCGACUGCAAAUCACUGCUGAGGUGGAUAUCAGAAAGUUAUUCACCCGCAGCAGGGAAGAAGCAGCAGGAAUGAGAGAUGAUCGCGUCUAUGACGCAUUUGGCCUACGUGGAUACCGGAAAUGCAACUCUUCCACUUCCGGGUUGUCUAUCCCGCUGAUUUGCAAGCGAGAUGACCGAAGCCUCGACCUCGUCCGUCCGUGUGGCGGACAUCAAGGACCCGGUGGUUCUGUUCGAGCGCUACAGCACCGAGGAAAUCCGCGGCAUUGAGUGCAAAGUCCGCGGGCAGAUCGAGCAGAAGAAGGAGGAGCUCAGGCAGAUGGUGGGAGAACGCUACCGGGACCUGAUCGACGCCGCGGACACCAUCGGAGAGAUGCGGCACAGCUCGGCCAGCGUGGUCCAGUCCAUCCAGGACAUGCACCGCUACUGCCAGGGCCUGAAGCAAGGCAGCAAAGUGGGUGCGAGCACCAGCAACCCCGAGCGGCAGAGGCAGGAGACGUUCUACAUAAUGGCCUCUCAGAUCAAGCUCCUCUUGGAGAUCCCAGAACGCAUCUGGAGUGCCAUGGAGGCCUCCCACUACCUUCAGGCCACUCGGCUCUACCUGCUGUGCUGCCACCUUCACAGCCUGCUGCACCUGGAGGCCGCCACCGGGGGUCACUACAGUCCCGUCCUGGCUCGCUUCCCCAUCAUUGUGAGGCAGGUCGCCACCACCGCUCACUUCAGGUCCACCAUUCUUCUGGACAGCAAGUCUCUGCUGCGAGGUCGAGCCGUGUCGGAUCAGGCAAUUGCUGAGGCUCUGCUGUCCACCAUGCUGCUGGAGGACAGUUCGCCACGCCAGGUGCUAGCUGACUUCCUGUUGGCACGGAAGGCCUCCAUCCAGCACUUGCUCAACCAGCCACAGCAUGGGGCAGGUGUAAAGGCCCAGGUGUGCAGUCUGGUGGAACUGCUGGUGACUACUCUGUUCCAGGCUUAUGCUGUGUUCUACACGUCCUCAGAGGGAGGAGCGCGGCCCGGGGAGGCCACCCUCGGCUGUGGCCUGCUCUUCUCCCUUCUGGAAAAUGUCACCUCCUCUGCACCUGCAGGUAAAGGCACAGGUGUGCUGGAGGAACACACCAGCACGGGCAGCUGGUUCAGGUAUCUUCCUCGCUCCGUCACAGACUUCCAGCCCACGCUUCGUACGCUGGCACAGCCAAUCCAGAGGGAGCAGCUGCGGGACACCUUGCAGCAGUGGAUCCAUACAUGCAAGGAGGACAUCUGCCACGGGGUCAGUAGCCUCCUGGUUUACGUGAAGAGCCUGAAGGGACUAGCAGCCAUCAGGGACGCCGUGUGGGACCUCCUGUCCACGGACUCCAUCCAGCGUCACUGGAGCACAGUCUGCCAGCGGCUGCUGGAGCGCCCUUUGGCUGUCUGGGAUGACUUCCUGCAGCAGCUCUUCCUCCAACGCCUACAGGCUAUAACCAAGGAGGAAACUGAGGCCAUCUCCGUGAGUUCUGUCCAGCUCCUCACCUCAGCUGUGAGGGAUCUGGAGGAGCAGACCACUGCUUCUUGUUCGGGUUCAAACAUUUCGGCUCAGUACGAAGCAGACGUGGCCUCCUAUUUGUGGUCGGAAUCUGCGGGGGACCUGCUGAGCGACGCGGGUUGGGUCAGUGUGAGCCAGCGGGGGCAGCAGCAGAGAAGUGGUCUGGCCAUGAAGACCCAGGCCCUGACGCCCUGUGUUCAAAACUUCUGCUCAUCUUUAGACGGCAAACUGAAAGAAAGACUGGAUGACCUCCAGCAUUACCUUCCCUCCCAAAACACAGUUGUGGCUCCAUCUACUGAACAGAAGGAGAACACGCUGCCUUCCUCCUUCAACCGCUUCACAGACUCUCUGGCAGUGGAGGAGGCUUUACAAGAUGGCUGCCACACCUGCAUCCGCCGCAUCCUGUCCGCCAUCCGCACUGAACUGUCCGCGGCGCCUUCCGGCUACGCCUGCCCGAGUUCGGUUCUCUUCAUGGCCCGGCUGUGUCAGUCCGUGGCCGAGCUGUGUCCCAGCCUGAAGCAAUGCAUUGUGGGCCGCCAGCGAGCGGGCGAGGCCGCGGCCAAAGCGGCGAGCAGACAGAGCAAAAAGUUGGGUAAAAGUAAGGUGGCUGCAGAGGUCAACGCUGCUCAGGCCAAGUGGGCGGAGCUUAAGGAGGAGCUUGUGCAGUGCAGCUUGGAGGGCUACCGCAUCUGGAGCUCUGCCCUCUCAAAGACUCUGCUGGACUGCUUUGGCGCGGGCCUCCAUGCCGACUCUGCGGGCGCGGUCCUGACGACUGCCACUAGCUGGGAGGACCUGGAGAUCCAAGAAGAGGCUCAGUCCGGGAGCAGCAUCACGUCCAAAAUCCGUGUUCCCGUCCAGCCAUCUUGGUUUGUCCAGUCCCUCCUGUUCCGGCUGUGUGCAGAGGUGAACAGGAUUGGGGGCCACACUCUGCCACGAGCCACCCUGCACGAACUUUUGCAGGCAUGCCUGGACCAGGUCUUGCAAGAAUACCACCGACUCACACAGCAGACCCCCGGGGAAGGUAUCUUUCCAAUGACCCAGAACCGAGCGCUACAAAUGAUGUUUGACCUCUGGUAUCUUAACGCCACCUUGUCUGCCAAAAGAUCACCACAAGACCCAAGAAUGCAGGCGGUCUGUGAUUGGCUGGAGAGCCACAUCGAUCCCUUUGACCUGGACGUCUUCACAACUCCCCUCAAUGCAAACCUCCAUCGUCUGUGCCAGAGGACAUCCGUGCUGUUUGGGCUGCUGACAGUUUUGGAGAAACCGUUCGGAUGGCGGAGCAGCAGCGCGACCUCGCAGGAGCCUCACAACAUCCUUCCUCUCUCCAGCAGUCCCAUCAGGUUUGGUUUGUUGCCUCUCAGCAUGUCCGGUCUGCAUAAAUCCAAGAUUGCCACCAAAAGUUCCAAUUCUCACCAGCUGACUUCAAAGGCAGAAAAUGGCCGUUUGAAAGCAGGAAGCAUCUUCCGCCAGCUGGCCGAUCAGGAAGAAGACUCGUCUUCUCCGGCUUUGUUCAAACUUCCUUGGUUGUCUGGGAUGACCAAAUAACUUUCAAAAUAAAGGUGAUGAAUAUUUUUUCUAUAUUUGACGUGUAAAGUACUUUGUUUGCAUCUAUGGUUGGACUUUCUAAAUAAAGUUGCUCUGGUAUUUA